ACAAAAAAAACAUAUAUUCAUCUUUUUGCAACAGAAAAAAAAAAGUAAAAAGAAAUCCUCCACUUAAAUUUUGCAAUACACCAAUUCGGGCGUCUACCUUCCUCUCCCUGUCUUCUGGCUGGAUGGCCGCGACGGUUCCCUAUGUUCCCCAAUCCUUACAAGCAUCUGUUAAUCACCCACCAACCAAGAUAACAAGUGUCAAAGCACUAGCUGAAUUGCCUGGUCUUGCUUCAAUUCCAACCUUUUACAUCUCCAAUUUUGCAAGUCCUCAUGAUCAUCAAAUAAUAUUUUCAGACCCUGAUGAGGACGCUAUCCCCGUCAUUGAUUUCUCUCUUCUCACUUCCAAUGGUCUUGAUGAGCGUUUUGAAAUCAUUCAACAACUCAGGAAAGUCUGUCAAGACUGGGGAUUCUUCAUGGUGAUCAAUCAUGGGGUGCCAGAGAGUUUGAUGAAGGCAAUAAUUGAUGCGAGUAAAGGAUUUUUCGAGUUAACGGAGGACGAGAAACAAGAAUUUGAAGCAAAACAUGUGCUGGACCCAAUAAGGUGUGGUACCAGUUUCAAUGUUUCAGCAGAUAAAGUUUUAUUCUGGAGGAAUUUUCUCAAGGUCUUUGUGCAUCCUAAGUUCCACUCACCUAGCAAGCCACCUUCCUUCAGUGAAAUUGCUUUAGAAUACAGCAAAAGGGUCAGGGAAGUAGCAAGGGAGUUAGUGAAAGGAAUAUCAGAGGACAGGACCUUGAAUUUGGAAAAUGGUUUUCAAAUCCUGGUGGCAAACUUCUACCCAACAUGUCCACAGCCAGAACUGACAAUAGGGGUACCCCUCCAUACAGACCAUGGUCUAUUGACCCUCCUAAUGCAAAACGAAGUUGGUGGCCUCCAAGUGCUGCACGAGGGGAAAUGGGUCACCGUCGAUCCCAUCCCCAAUUCAUUUCUGGUUAACGUUGGUGAUCAUAUUGAGAUUUUGAGUAAUGGUAAGUACAAGAGUUUAAUGCAUCGAGCAUUGGUGAACAACAAAGCUACAAGGAUAUCCAUAGCUGUGCAGCAUGGACCGGCACUAGAUGAAGUUGUUAGCCCAGCGUCAGAGUUUGUGGACAAUGAGAGCAACCCACCGGCAUACAGGGCAAUCAAAUAUCAAGACUAUGUGGAGCUUCAGCAAAGCAACACGCUUGACGGCAAAUCUUUCUUGGAAAAUAUUCGAAUUUAUUAGUACCAUUAGUUAGUACAUGUGUUUGUGAGAUCGUUUGGACUAGUUGUGCUUGUUUCCAUGGUCUUAUUCCCAUUUCAGGUUUAAG